AGAUAGUCCGGGGAUCGCUGGAGGAGAGGAAGCCGCGACAAGACCUUCAAGUCUUGCUGAACAUUUCUUUCGCGUUUUUUUCUUGUGUGGAGGGGCUGCUUUUUUAAAACGCGGGAAGCUUGAGGAACUCGAGGAAGCGUUGCCAUGGCAGCUGUGGCUGUGCUGAGGAACGACACACUACAGGCGUUUCUGCAGGAUCGCACUCCGAACUCCUCUCCGGAAAACAGCAAACAUUCUCCUCUGGCACUUUUAGCAGCGACGUGUAACCGGAUCGGUCACCACCACGGAUCCACUCCCACGGACUUUAUUCAAGUUCCCUACGACACCACCCUCGGCUCCCCGUCACGGAUUUUCCACCCAUGGAGUAAUGAGGCCAAUCAUCAAUCCACGCUUUCCAGCAACCCUUCCUUUGGACUAUCCUCUAAAUCUCACCUGCAGAGCUCCUACGCGUCCCACCAUGAGCUCCCACUGACCCCUCCGGCAGAUCCUACAUAUCCGUAUGAUUUCUCUCCGGUUAAGAUGUUGCCAUGUUCAAUGCAAUCUUUACAGUCCACCUGCCCGCCGACUUAUGUACCUGCGGUUACCUACGCAGCACCUGCCCCCAUCCCUCCAGCCAUGCCUAGCUUUGUCCCGGGACACUCAGGCCUGGUGCAUCAGCAGCAGAGACAGCUAUCCCCAAAUCCAGGGGAGGAUAUACCAUGGUGGAGCCUUCAGCAAGGGAAUCCUGUAGCCCAUUCGGUGCACCCACACCGCUUCCCCAUCCAAAGAGGCUUAGUGUUGGGACACACAGAUUUCGCACAGUACCAAACUCAAAUCGCAGCCUUGCUGCACACCAAAUCUCCGCUGGCUACCGCCCGGCGCUGCCGGAGAUGCAGAUGUCCGAACUGUCAGUCGUCCAGCUCUAGUGAUGAGCCCGGAAAGAAGAAACAGCACAUCUGCCACAUCCCCGGAUGCGGGAAGGUUUACGGUAAAACAUCCCACCUGAAGGCGCACCUGCGCUGGCACUCAGGAGAGAGACCCUUCGUGUGUAACUGGCUCUUCUGCGGGAAGAGUUUCACCCGGUCAGAUGAGUUACAGCGGCACCUGCGGACACACACCGGCGAAAAACGCUUUGUGUGUCCGGACUGCUGUAAAAGGUUCAUGAGGAGCGACCAUUUGGCCAAACACGUCAAGACGCACCAGAACAAGAAGAGCAAAAGUCACGACAAAACCUCCGAUUAUGUGAAAAGAGAAGAUCUGAGACCCGUGUAGAAGACUCAGACGACCAUAUAGACUAGUGCAAUAUCAUCUUCAGGAUCCUAAUCAAGUCUAAAAGAAAAAAAAAUUGUUUAUUUUCUAGUGCUGGGCAAAGAUUAAUCGCGAUUAAAUCACAUCCAAAAGUUUAUUUUGACAUAAUAUUCUAAUGAAGUUUAUUUGUAUAGUGCAUUUCACAAUAAUUAUUGUGUCAAAGCAGCUUUACAAAGGUAUAUAAGUUUAUAUAUUAUUAUUAUAUUAGUGUGUACACAGUUGAAGUCAGAAUUAUUAGCCACCCCCCCCCCCCCCCCCUUUGAUUUUUUUUCUUUAUUAAAUAUUUCCCUAAUGAUGUUUAACAGAGCAAGGAAAUUUUCACAGUAUAUCUGAUAAUAUUUUUUCUUCUGGAGAAAGUCUUAUUUGUUUUAUUUCGGCUAGAAUAAAAGCAGUUUUAAAUUUUUUAAACUCUAUUUUGAGGACAUAAUUAUUAGCCCCUUUAAGCUAUAUAUUUUUUCGAUAGUCUACAGAACAAACCAUCGUUAUACAAUAACUUGCCUAAUUACCCUAACCUGCCCAGUUAACCUAAUUAACCUAGUUACGCCUAUAAAUGUCACUUUGAGCUGUAUAGAAGUGUCUUUAAAAUAUCUAGUCAAAUAUUAUUUACUGUCAUUAUGGCAAAGAAAAAAUAAAUCAGUUAUUAGAAAUUAGUUAUUAAAACUAUUAUGUUUAGAAAUGGGCUGAAAACAUCUCUCCGUUAAACAGAAAUUACGGAAACAAAAAAGGGGGGGCUAAUAAUUCUGACUUCAACUGUAUGUGAUGCACAUAUUUAUUCAAAAAACAAAACUAAACAAAACAAUUUUGUUUCAUAGAUAUUUAAAUGUAUAUAUAAUUUGUAUCAUUGUAAUCUAAAUAUAAAUAAGGAUUUUCUUAAAUAUACACAUGCCUGUGUGUAUUUAUAUAUACAUAAUAAAUGUACUCAGUAGGGUGGACUGGGACAGUGUUUUCACCUGGGAAAACUAAUGUACUGCAGGUGUGUGGCGAUCAGCAAGUUAAGCGGGGAGAGCAGGCCAGAUUUGCAGUGGCAGGUCAGAUUAACCAUCAGACUACCUGGAAAUGUACCCGGUGCUCCCUAUGGGCAGUCCGCCCCCAGCACAGUACACAUAUUUGAAUUACGUCAAAACCUUCACCUUGGAAUGCAAUUAAUUUUUGCCCAGCACGUUUGUCAGACUUGACUGCGAGGUUGUUUGUUUUUGGGGACUUGUAAAUAAAAUUUUCAAGUCUUUCUCAGUUCCUAAAGGAACCCUUGGGGGGGAGGAGGACGAGCUUCCCACCCCUGAGCUACUCAAAACGCUAACAAGUUCAAGCUUGUGUUAAAGAUCUCUGUCUUCGGUGGAAGAUUUCGUUACUCUGUAAAUAUAUAUCGAUAGCUUUUGUUGAAUGAAAGUGUCAGUUUUCGCUCCUUGUGGGGUGUUUUUAGCAUGCUAUAAUUGAAAAAAAACUCUCUGUUUAACUCUCAAAACUGUGUAAAAAAAAAAUAAAGAUUAUGAUCUGUACAUGCGCAUUCAUACAGAAGAGAGACGGAGCUAUUCAAAGUACAUAGAUUUAUUUUUUAAAGAGGAGAAAUGCUUAUUAAAUUGAUGUCAAAGUUCGAGUUUUGUAGUGUGUGUGUGUGUGUGUGUGAGAGAGAGAAGCUGGACAGAGAAACGGUGAAACUCUGUCUGUGAUUGAGUGAAAUGUCCCGAAUGAAGCACUGUGAGAUCCAUCAGUUGUUAGGAUAUGUAGAGUUCUCAUGUUCAGUUCAAAGGACAGGUUUUUUUUACAUACAUUAUAUGGUUUUAAGAACAGGCAGCAAAAAAAAUGACAAUAAAGCAAACAUUAACAGAAA